AUGAAGUUGCGGGCACGGAGCUGUAACGGGUACAUCACGACUCAGACGCUGCGAGAGAUCCUGCGCGAACUGGACGACAAACUCACCGAGGACGAAUUGGACAACAUGAUCGAGGAAAUCGACGCCGACGGAUCCGGAACCGUGGACUUUGCAGGUUGCAGAUUCGACAUGAAGGCCUUCCUCAUCCUCAAAUUUAUGCUCCUUCAGGAGGUAUUCCAUGUGUGCAUGGGGUCCCAGAUGUUCACCCUCUUAUGUCCGGACGGGAACAUCUUCGACGAGCAAAUUCUGGCCUGCAAUCAAUGGUCGAGGGUCACUUGUCGAACGUCUUCAAACUUUAACCAAGGACUGGAAAGUCAGUCGAAUGAUCUCGAGGACCAGCAAAUUUCGACUACGGCGCGAUCGCAUCCACAACAGAGUAAGAUAGCAACUGCUGUGCCCUUCCAGGAUGUAGCCUUCUCGCACCCAACAGCGAAAACUCAUCUGCCCCCGCCGGCACAGGCACAACACCGGCACCAGCAGGCUCGGGUGUUUCCUCAACAGCUGGAUAGGCCGAUUCCAAAUCCAGAAUUUUCCCAGCAAACAACAGUUUAUCCUCCACAAGAGAUUCCUCGAACUCGGAACAACCCAGUCUUUCAACAGAAUUCACAGCAAAAUAUUCCGGUUCUUCCGUUUCAGCAAACCUUCCCUAAAAAUAUCCAAGAAAGCAAACAACAUCGUGGCGGUCAGAAUCUCUUCCAAGUUGUCUCAAAUGUGCAGAACGCAUCUGGCGCCCAAUUCUUCCCUAGACCAUCGGACAGAAUACCCCAAAUAGCAGGAAACUACCUCGAACAAACUUUCCCUCCGGGAUUGCCCACAGGCUUGGGAGCUAUCCCCACGACUCCCAGGAAUUUUGUUCAACGAGAAAACUUUCCCCCAAAUGAUCCCAUCUCAUCGGCCACGGAUCCUGCUUUUGAAGGAGAAAUCGUGAACGCCGUUUCGGGGGACCUCGGUUUGGAAGAAGAGGAUGCUCCGCCCUUCUGGAUCUCGGACAAGAUCGUUCCGUGGAGGAACUCGCAGCAAGAUGACCCGGUCGUAGCCAUCCCUACGUUCUUGGAGAAACAGAGGCUGGAACCUCGAGAACGAGAACCGGAGGUGACGACCUUCAGACCUCGUAAGGUGGUUCGACACCUGGUGCUCAACACGGUCGACGGGACCAAAAUCGUCAUCUCUUUCCCAGUCGUGGAAUAUCCGGAAGGAAACAGUCAGGAGAGCAUCUUGGUCGAAGGCGAACAGGAGCAGCCUCAUCAAGGUGAAAAUGUUUCCCCUUCUCGUGACGAAUCCACGGUGGAUCGACCUCUCUACGUCGACUCGUUCAACUUGGCCUCUCCUGAGAAUCAGCUCCAAACCAGAACGAUUCAUUCUCUGGGCGAUUCACUUUAUCGAGGGGAUGUCUUCCCUUCGUCGAUCACGACCCAAGAAAAACCUCUUGUUGCAUCUUCGUUCUCUGGUCAGCCAAAAACAUCGGCUGAAACUAACCGCAACCUUGCAUCGAACCAUGGGACCCCGGAAAAUCCAUGGCAUCCCCUGCCCCCAGCUGGAAAUGAAAACCACGUGGAAUUUCAGUCACCUUCUCGACUGCGACCCCGACAACGUCAGCAAAUCGGCCAUAAAGAGCAAACCGAACUACUGCAGCAGCAGCUCACCGAACAGCAACUAUAUGAUCAACAGCAAGAAAAUAAAGGACAGAACCGAGACGAACAUCAGCUACAACUUCACGAUCGGAAACAGGAAUCAUUGGGCCCUCAGGAAACUCCUUCUCAGGUCUCUCUCCGGAAUCCUAACUUGGUGACGGUAACGGUGAGACCUCCGUUGCAGUCCCGAAGGGUGCAGCAGGCGACGAUCGGGGGUUUCAAAAACUUGAAGCCGGAUCAGAAAAACUCGGCUCUAUUCAUCAACAGACGUCGAUUGGCCUCGAAUGGCACACCUCAACCCCUAAUAGCUCCUCAUGGAUCCAAUGAAAGGCCGGACGACGUGGAAGCUCAAUGGAUCACCCUCACUCCUCCUCCUUCCACUGCACAUCAGUGA